ACAAGCUACCUUCCCCAGCUCACCGUAUUCACAACGUUAGCGUGGAAGCUCACAAGUGAAAGCCAGCGUCGCUUCGAUCCACUGCAGCCGCCAAUGAAUCCAAUAAUUAGACGGAGGCUUCCUCCAUCUGUACGGAGCCUGUUGACAGACAUCGGUCCGAAGCAGGAGUGGACUGACACAGAGCCAGACACAUUGACCAGAGAGGGGAUUUUGCUCCCUCCCAGAGGAUCUGCUUCUGGACAAGACGAGUUUCUCACCCCAGCAAAGACACAAGAAGAAAAGGCUACAGCAGACUGUCGGGAUUCAAGAAAAAGUGCAGUCUGUAUGUUGUGCAAAUGUAAACCCUCUUGCUACACCUGCCCUCGCUGUAACCUGCAAUACUGUGGCUUAGCUUGCUACAAGAGCCCGGAUCAUGCUGUGUGCUCUGAGGAAUUUUACAAGGAAUCUGUUAUGCAGGAGUUGAAGAAUAUGGGGAAAACAGAAAGUGAAGGGAGGAAGAAAAUACAGGAGGUUCUUGUGAGGCUCGGACAAAAAGCAGAGAGGACAGACGGAGGGAUGGAAACUCUACUGAAAGAAACAGGUGUUGUGUCAGAUGACAGAGACGAAGGUGAAGGAGAGGAAUCAGAGAAAGUGCAGGCUUUUGAGCUCCUGUCCCGGUUAGCAGAGCUUCAGCAGUCAGGAGAAGGGAGUGAUACAGAGAUUGAAGCUAUUUUGAGGAAACUUGAAGAGAUUGGAGAAGGCGAUCUGCUCCCAGGGGAUGUAAAUGAGGAUGCUGAAAAUGCUGAAGUGGAGACAGACUUGGCUGUUUGCCUCUCAGGAUUGGAUAUUGACAAAUUGUCAGAGGAGGAGCUCUGGGAACUUCUCAACAAUAAAGAGAAAGAGACUUUUUUAGGCCUGAUAAAGGAUGGAGCACUUGGUGGGCUUGUUCCCUUGUGGAAGCCUUGGUGGGAGGAGCAUGAGGAAGGAGGGAGAGGUCUGGUGGAGGUGCUUGAAGAGGAAGUAAGUAAACUGGGGAGAGAACACGCAACACUUGUGGAUCUGCAGGACACAACAGUUGUGCAGAGUAAAGACAAAACUUCUUCAAAGUUGAGAAAUGUUAAAGUAGAAAAAAGUAAAGAAAGCAAGAGCCAAGGGAGUUCCGUGUCUCCUGGUAUCCCUCCAAUUUCUGCAAAAAUACCAAAGUUGAGCUCCCUGUGUGCAAAUCCAUCCCACCUGGUUUGCUAUGGUUUGAUCAAUGCACUCUUUGGCUACACCUUCACGUUGUGCCUGUUCAACAAUGACACUGAUUCACUGUUAACUGAGUUCUGUGACAUGGUUCUUGCUCUUUCUGAAGCACUGAACUCCAACAGGGUGUUCAACUCCCUCCAGGAGGCCUUUGGAAGUGGAGAAACUCUUAUUAUGGGUGGAGGUUACCUCGACAAGGAGGAUCCUCUUGCCCCAGAUAGGGCAGUAGAAGCCGUGGCUCACAUCAUGACUGGCAGAGACAGGAAAGAUGCAUCGGGAUACUGCCUUGCAGCCUUGAGUCAGCUCCGCUCAGUGCUCACCAAAGCUAGAUCUCCUCUGUCUAAAGAGGGAGAGGAUGGGGCAAAGAGACAGAGGUACUUCCUGGCAAGCAAGAAGUGUGAAUUCUUUCAAGCCUGGGUGCUCGACAGUGAAUACAGGAUUCGUACACUAGCUAUUGAAUUGUGGGAUGAACAUGUCAGAAGAGAGACUGUCAGGAGCAGCAUGGAGAAAACAAAGACUGUGAUUGAGCAGAACUUAAAGAAGAAAAGCAAAGAGAAUAAAGGCUUAAUUCAGGAACUGACAUGAUUUUUUCAACAUUUAUGUAUAUAAAAAAUAUGUAAUGAGAUGUAUUUCAUAUAUUGAUUAUCUUUUCUGUCAUUAAAAUUGAUUUUGUUAAACCCUUUAUGUCCUGCUCCAAAUAAACUGCUGAACAGAGUAUUCCAAUUGAUCUAAGUAACACAGUGUAAUAUUGCUGUAAAGUGGUAUAAAAAAGUUGCAAAACUAAAUAUUCACAGGUAUCUCUUACCUUA